UUGUCCUUCUGGUGCAGCAGGGCGCGCUGAUGAUGUUGAGAGAAAGUUGGGUGAGAGCGAGAGUUUUGAUGAGGGAGAGAGUGAGCAUAAGGGCGGCGGACGCCGAAGGCGAGCCGAGUGCAUUUGUUGCGUGCUCGGAAGGAGAGGGUUGUUUGUUGCUCGGCUUCCCCUGCUGGCAUCAACACGUUGCUGUGGCCGUGUGCCAGGAUGCGGGAUUAGGGAUGUCAAUGGGCUUUUCUUUUCGGUGAGGGGAAGUGUGAUAUGGUUUAAGCUGGAAAGGAUCUGGAUCGGCGGUGGGGAAGUUCGGAGUCGUUCGGGUCGGCCGAACUUUAUAAAGGGACUGCGCCGAACACGACAGGAUUCAAAAGCCUUUCACGGUUCUUACGGUGCGGUUCGUCACACAUUUUUUCUCUCUGUCGUGUUUCACUCUGUAUCAAUUUUUCUGUUAUUUAUUAUGAACUUUAUGAAUCGAUUCUGCGUGCCGUUCCCUGUAUAAUCUACCUGUGUAUGUGUACAGUUACUAAUCACCGCUAAUCAGUCUACUCGUGUCUAUUGCUAACUCAACUAAUACUAAGCACAACGCAGUAAUCGUAAAAUUUGUUGAUUUUCGCUAUUCUGUCGUAUCCCCGCGCGCGCUCUUCUACCGAAUCAAAAAAAGGAAAUCAAACGUACGCCAGCGGGAAUCAAGAAACGGGAAGUGCAACUGCUGUGUGUGAAACCUAGAGUAGUGCAAAACAGUGCAAAGAAAGGUGCAAAGCGGUGCAAAAGCUGGAUUAAUCGACCGCACAUACACAGAACAACAGGAAACAGUGGAAGAAUAAUACUUUUUAGUUAGUUCGAUGUGCGUCAAGGCAGUUUCUGGUCCGGUACGGCGGAUCCAUUGCGGUUUGGUGCGUCCAAAGUUCCGACCGCGGUCGUCAACCCGUGGCUAGGGUGUUUCCCUAAAUGAACUGAAUGUGUCUCGUGGUCCGUCACUUCCGGUGUUUUUCGGUUUUUGCCAGUGUAUCGUGUCGUUGUCAGUGCAUUCUCUCAAGUACACUUCCGGUGUGUCUUUCGGUUUGAUUUGCUAUGUUCGGGACCACGAGAUGAAGAUUACGCUACGGUUCUACCACUCUACUAAACACUACUGUGUGCUACUACUGAAACUCUUGGAUACGUAACUCUGAAGCUGUACUACUCUCCGACCUUCGCCGCGAAACUGUGUGAACUCUGGAUUUUUACGUUAAGCCGUUAUGUCUGUACGUGUACGUCUCUGAGUGUGCCCAAGUCUGGAUGUCUGUUCUGAUUUCGUUUCGGUUGGAAUCUAGUAAAACAGACUCGUAAAACUAUAUCGGCGAAGUGCGAGUGAACUGCUUCCGCCCCGAAGCGCCCCCUGCUGGGAGAUCUAUGUUGGGGACGUGAAUGCCGCCGGGAACAACCCAAACGAAGAAAACGGAGUAAAGUUUUUGGUAUCUGUGUCACGUUCGAAUAUAAAAUUUAUUCCAUCCCGGGGAGCAACGCCCAACCUUCCCGCAUCUCCCCUAACGCAACGGCGAACCAGAAAAAGCCCCAAAAGCGACAAAAACUAUCGAUUUUCGUCGAGACCGGCUGCCUGCGCUUUGUGCUGCAACAUUUAUCUCAGUCGUUCAGUUCGCCUCCCAAAAAAAAAUACAAGAAGAAAAAGUUACACCCGGUUCUGACCUCCCAGGGCCCGGGGAAAACAUGAAUUGACUUUUCGCGACCCGAUCCGCCCUUCAAGCAAACGAAACAAACAAGUACCUGAUUACACGCGCUACCCGUUUUUUCGGUCGGAAACAGACCUCCGUCGACGUCGCCAUCAUCCACCAUGCCACGCUGUCUAAUGGCCAAGAAGUGGAAGGCCUACCCGUGGCCCGACCGGGUCGAAGAAUCUCCAGCAUCGCCUUCGCCACCGCCACCGCCCCAAGUGGUCGUCGAAGUCCUCGAGGAAGACGAAGAAAUCGACGUCGUCGGUGAUUCGCCGGCGGCCGCCGCCUCCAAGAGUUCCUCAACCACUCCCGCAACCCAGUCCUCAUCCGCGUCGCCCUCCUCGUCAUCAUCUUCGGCGACAUCCACAUCCACCAGUGGAACCAGUGGUGCCACCUGUUGGGGUCCCUCGUCACCGACGGCAGGUGCUACGGCGCCCAGCCCUCCGCCACACUCGCCGGAAGCGGCCACCCGGGAUGCGUCCUCGACCAUGCUCUACAACGGUUACAGCCAGGACAUCACACACCACUUCACCGCCUACCUGCCCAAGCUGGAACACGACGGAGGCUAUCCGCAGCAACAACAGCAACAGCAAACAACGCACUACAUCCUGCCGCCAACUCCAACGUCUCCUCCUCGGUCACCGGAAGACCCGCACCGAAGUCCCUCCCACGGCAGUCCCUCGUCGGCGAAAAAGCAUCUUUUCAGUAGCUCCGGAACGGCACUGUCACUACCCCCAAAAAAGAAAGACAUCUACCGACCGUACUCGUUGGACGAUAGGCCCCGGAACUACGAAAUCCGAAUCCCUGCCGAAGAGGACCUUCAUGCGGCGCACGCCAUUCUGGACCUGAGCGCGUCGACGGCAUUUCUUCCACCUCCUGCGCCGCAUCAACUGCUGCAGCACCACAGUCAGCAGUUGAUGCACCAGGAGGAUCGUCUACAGACUGUGCCUAGUUCGCUGGGAUCGCCGGAGCAGAACGAGAACAAGAAUAGCACAAAUACCUUGGAUGACAGUAAACCCUGUAAGACGGUAGCCUAUACGUACGAAGCCUUUUUCGUGAGUGAUGGACGAUCGAAGAAGAAGGUUAGCGAUCCGAAGAUAGUUCUGGAGACUAAGGCCAAAUACACCUGUACCGAGUGUGGAAAGCAGUACGCGACUUCGAGCAAUCUCUCACGGCACAAGCAGACGCACCGAAGUCUGGAUUCACAGUCGGCGAAGAAGUGUAUGACCUGCGGCAAGGCGUACGUCUCCAUGCCGGCCCUAGCGAUGCACGUCCUAACGCACAAACUUUCACAUAGCUGCGGGGUCUGUGGAAAGUUGUUUUCGAGACCUUGGUUACUGCAGGGUCACCUCAGGUCACAUACUGGGGAAAAACCUUACGGUUGCGCGCAUUGCGGAAAGGCUUUCGCCGAUCGGUCGAACUUGAGGGCGCACAUGCAGACACAUUCCAUAGAUAAGAACUACCAGUGCCAACGGUGUCACAAGACGUUCGCGCUGAAGUCGUACCUCAACAAGCACCUGGAGUCAGCGUGUUUCAAGGAAGAUCCUAGCCUGGGUCCACCACCGUUGCUGAGUCCAAGCCACUGUAUGGACGACAUGGAUAGCCACGACGGCCACCAACUGAUGAGCGGAGUGUCCCUGGUGGACAAACUCGGAGCGCGCGUACAGGUGAAGAAGGAGAACAACAAUGACGAAGCUUUAAAUCAAAACUUUGCAACCCUGGCGGCGGCAGCAGCGGCCAGCAGUGGGGUCGCCACCAGCAAUAUACUUGUGAUGAAGAACGUGGCCGGCAGUUUGCUGGCCAGUAGCAAUAACGGUCCGUCCACGGCGCGGACCGCCACCAUCCUGACAACGAACCCGACGGCAGCGGCGGCAGCUGUCCUGGGAGCCGUCAAUGGCACAACGACCAUCCUGACCACGGGCAGCCAUCCGACGGCGGCUGUCCACAUAAAUGUCAACUUCAGCGGGUAACCGAUAGUGGAUGCGGCCGCUCUGGCCGCCACCAAGGCUUAUCGUAUUAUUUUAAACUAGACGGGCGGCCCGGGGUUCAGACUCGCCAUCUACGCAGUCAGUGCAAUCGCUUCGCGAAGUGUAAUUAAACGCUAGUUUUCGAUAGAAGAGGUUUGAUUUUAGCAGGGAGUGUACGGAAGCAGUUUGUAAGUAGCGUUUUCCACUUUUAAAACGAGCAACUUUUACCAGUUUUUUUUCUGUUUCGAUUAAACCCCAUAGCUGUAGUUCAUACAAACAAACAACCCUAGAAUACAAACACUUGAAUACACUAACAAAGAAACAAACACAAACACACACAUCCAAACAAGAAGCGAAACGAUACGUCAAAACAAAAAAAGUGUUUAUGGAUGAAAUCCUGUAGGAAAAAAGAAGAAAGCAUUCCAGAAGCAAUCCCAAGAGCAAUUAAUCGAUUCAAUUAACCUAGUGGUACUACCAAUUUCAAUUAUGCGUUGACUUUUACCUGUAGAAACUGCUUUACCCUCUCUUAACACAAUAUAUAUUUAUCAAACCAGCCAGGCUAAAGCGCAUCGAAUGCAAGCGAAACUGUACAAAGAGUAAGGCCGUAGAGAGGUUAUGUUGACGGAAAAACAAGUUAAUUACAGCAUUUUAAAACUCCCGUUCAGGCAAAGGCAAUCGCUCGCUCGUUUGACACCCGUUUUGUUAUGGAGGGAAAAGCCCCAACCCAGUUGACACACAACGAAGCCUCGAGUAUGAAACCCCCGGCGUGCGGUGUCACGGAAGCACCAGUCGCGGUGUCCUUAUCGCUGCCGCACCCGCCCGAAAUCUGACUGAAAAUGGAAAGUCAACUCAAUUGUAGGCGUAGACUGUGUAGGAAGGGAAACGUCAAGAAAAAAAAACUCAAGAAUUUUGAGGUUAUCAGCGAACAGAAGACGGAGACGGGGCACAAUAAUGUCAAAUGAUGAAGGUGUGUAGGCUUGCUUCGGGAGACUUCGUUAUCGGAGGCCCCGCCCCCUGUCCGUCCAUCACCGUCAUCGGCUGCGCUUGCAAGCUAGUUGACACAUCUACGAUAAGGGCUGAAGGCGGUGGAGUACACCGCCGGACGUAGAUGAAGAAAUAAAUUGGUGAACUGCGUUGUGGGGAACUGUGCGCCGUGGAGUGAGAGAACUGAUAAGUCAGUCAGGAGAGUGUAACAACUGUGACAGAGGUGAGUUUACAGGAAGCACUGGGAACCUGCGGGGGAUGGAAGGUGCGAAAGGAGUAGCGUGCGGGUGACAGGUCUUCAUUUUUGCUGAUUAGCGAUGGUGGUGAAGUUGGGGGCAAAAGUUCCUCACGUGCUAAGCGAUGUUGAAAUCCGCUCAGAUUGGACGAUGCAUUAGAACAAAAAAAAAAACUGACCGACACGCAACAUUAAUCGUUUUGGCGAUCUGAUCAGGCCGUGUUCUCAGCACCACCACCAUCAUCACCUAAUGGCUUCAGGCUUCGGAGUGCGACCCGCAAAAACACAGAAAAAAACUACACUGCAAGCAAUUUUGUCAUUAAUCAUUCCCAUUCGAUCCUUCUUCUCGUUCGCCUUGGUGGUCGUCUUCAUUGCCACCACCAACAACAUCACAGACAAAUGGUACAAACACUCCAAAUAUGAUUCUCAGUAGAAAAUCUAUGAUUCAAAAUGUCAACUUGAAAAUCAACAGGUGGCGCUGGUGUGAAAUAGUGUUAUAGACAAAACGGUGGUCAGUCCAGUCAUAUGGGAAACAUUUGUUUACAAGAUGCUGGUAAUCACAGACAAACUUUUGUCGUUUGACAGCAAAACGAUAAGAUUGAUCGUUUAACUGUCAAUCAACAAUAACUAAUGUUAUUAGAAACGCUGGAUUGUCAUCUUAUCGUUCCGGCGUUUCACAAGCAAGAAUGUUCACCGCAAUCCGGAUGCGUUACUGGUAGGAUCCUAGAUGAUUUGAUGUCUGGUUGUUCGUGUCAUUUUGGCAGUAACUUAUCGAUUAACUGUCGAAUGGCACAAGUCAGACGUCAUAUCGAAUAAUCUGUACCAGAAAGCAAGUUGCGAGAGCUAAUGAUCGCCACCGUUAAGCUCCUUUUUUCUACUGGUAAUCACACGUCCUGUAUGCCUGUACCGUUUGACAGUUGAUCGAUAAGAUCGAUCACCAAUCUUAUCGAGUAAAUGUCAAACAACACAGCCAAAAAGUCAAACCGUUAGAUCCCUACCAGAGAAUGAGCUCAGUUUUUGGCGGCCAAAAGCGCAUCUGAAUUGCUGGAUUGAAACGUCAGAUUGAGAAGUAGAUAUUCGCCUCCUUAGAAGUGAGAUCUUCAACUUUGAUAAUUAGGAACAAUUUCGCUUCCAAUUGUCUGUGUUACCAUCAUCGUCACACCGUAUCGUCGCUACCGGCACUCCUUCCAUCUUUUUCGCAUCGUCGACUCCAGUCAACCCAACCAGCUAUAGGUAGCGUAGAGCCCGACAUCGGGAGCUCCCCCUUCCUACCAGGAACUAUUUAUUAGAUUUUAUUCAAUUAUUUAUUCAUCGUCCGUGUUACACUUCCUGGCUGUCUCCGUGGGGAAAAGCUCUGGUUGUUUUCUUUUUUUUUGCGUUGCGUUCAUACCAGCCAUUCAGACUGCGGAUUGGCUAGUUUACUACCCAUGCUAGCUAGUUAGCCCUCGUUAUCGUUGUCACGAUCAUUGGUGGUUGGGCUCGGAAGUGGAACCAUGGUGAGUCGAAAGGUAACUCAUUUGAUGACAGACGGGUAGAAGAGACGGAUAAUGAAGAUAAGAAAAAAAAUGGUCUGAAUUAUGUUUUGAGGUUUUAAUUUGCGUAAAAAAAUGUGAUUCUGUUCUUUAGGAUGAAAAAGGUGUUGUUCAAACAAACUUAGAUAAAAAAAAUAUGAAAAAAAAUACCGAUUUUUCAUGGGAAUCGAACUUACUUACCGCUUGGACCAGCGCUUUAACCAACUGGAGCACUGAACAUGUUACGAUUCAGCGGAAAAGAAACCUAAACUAGGCUUCAUAAGUCUGAACUAAAAUUCCACAAAGGUGAAGAUAUGACGAAGCUUCAAGAGCUCAAAUCUGAAAAACCAAAUGACGGUCCACACUGAGAAGUUGAUCGAUUCACCAUUGGUGGUAAUCGUUCGAUCAACUUUCCAGCACGAUGCUUCAUCUGGAUCUUCAAAUUAAAAGUAAAAAGUCCUUGGAAGAAAAAAAAAAAAAUUUGAAAAAAUAACUGAGCAGUAAUGGGUUUGAAGUGGAUGGAAACUUUUUGAAGCAAAUAUGACUCCGUUAACGAGAGUUUUGUAUACUUAAAAACAUAUUUUCCAAUAUGGAAUUGAAUCCUAAAAAUAAUGUCAUAAGCAUCAACAUUUACAUUUUAAAUUUAGAGUCCAUACCAUUUUGGUAUAGAUAAAUAUAGGGAGCGAUGACUCCAGGCCAUAUGACUGUUCCAGUGUUCAUUACUGCCAAAAAAGGGAAGGGUUCUUGUAAAUUUUACAAGCACUUGAAUGAGAAUACCACAGAGUAUAUAUGUUAGAAAACUCUCGAAUAUUUCUCCAAAAUAGUUUAUUUUCAGUUUCCCCCAGUUAUUUCGGAAAUAUUUUAAAAUUAUUUUAGGAUUUAAUCAAGUUUCCUCUAAAAGCUGAUUUUUUUAGACAUAUUUUGAUUUUCCAAAAAAUGCUUCCAGAAUAUCCUGUAGAUCUUCUUCCGUGAUCUUCUAAUUAUUAGAUUGAUUUGUCGGAGGAAUUCGUAAUGGCAUCUUGGGAAUUGCUCUUGAAAAGGUUUUCAGAGUAGCGUUGGGCAAUUUUGAAUCGAUGUUCGCAACAUCGAUGUUUUUAUUCCGAUUAAUCGAUUUUUUGAAUCGAUCUUCAAGCCCCACGAAAUCGACUGAAUCGAUUUUUUACAUUCGAUUUUUCUGAUUUGGAGGAGGUAUACGACUGGGAGGAAAUGUUGAACUGUUGUGGCUUUUUCAGUCUAAGAGCAUUGAAACGGCUAGUUUGGCAUAGCCCGACGUUUCGGUCCCGUGUAUUGGACCUUUUCCACAACAGUUCAACAUUCGAUUUUUCUUUCGAUUCAAAAAUAUUACUUUUUAUCAGAAUGCACUGUAGAAUUUAAUCAUCAAAUAAUGUACAUAAAAUCGAGUGUCUAUAUAAUCUGGGGUUUAAUAAAUCGAGACAUACCUGUAUAUCUCAGGUUUUUUAGGCAAUACCUCCAAGGAGUCUAAGUGAAUCUUUCUAAGGAUUCUCGAGGAAUCCUUAUUAUGGUCUAGUCUAGUGAGUCCCUUUCAGGGUUCUAUUGCAUCCUUCUCAGAAUUCUAGGUCAGCCCAUCUCUGGAUUCCGAACAUUGUUUUUUUUUUGAGAAUCCCUCUUAGGAUUCUAGAUGAAUUUGUUUUAAUAAUGUGGAGGAUCCCUCUCAAGGCUCUGGUACAAUCUCUUUAAGGAUACUAAUGAGAUGUCUAAUGUUUUUUCAUUAAUGCAGCAGAAUUUUUCUCGGGAUCUUAAGAGAAUCCCUCUCAGGUAUCUUGGAGAACCCCUCACAGGAUUCUGGAAGAACCCGCUAGGGAGUUCUGAGGAUAUCCGUCUAAGCAUUCAGAGAGACUCCGGAGCAAAAACUACUCACAGGAUUCUGAGGCAAUCCGUCACAGGAUUCAGGGAGAACCCAUUACGGGAAUCUGAAGAAAUCCCUCAGGAUGCUGGAAGAAUACCUUUAAAGAUUCUGAGAGAAUCCAUACCAGAAAACUAGAGUAAUCUCUACCAGGAUUCUAGAAAAAUCCUUGAUAGAAUUCCUAUUGGAAGAGUCUUUCUCGGUUUUCUGGGAUAAGGUCUCUCAGGAUGCUGGUGUGAUAAUUUUCAGCAUUUUGAAGAAAUCUCUCACAGAACUUUAGCGGAAUCCUCUGAGUUAUGGAAGAGUCCCUUGAAAAGUUUUGGAGGUUUUUUUCUCAGCAGAAUUAUAUGGGAAUACCUAUCAGAAUUCUAGGAAAUCUUUGGAUUCUAAGGUAAUUCAUUUCACGAUUUUUGAGUAUUUCCUACCAAGGGUGAAAUCGCUUUCAGGACAAACAAUUUCUGGAUGAUCUGGGUUGAUUUCUGUAAGGAUUCUAAAAGACCUUCACUUAGGAUCCCACUCAGAAUUCUGAGGAAAUCUUUCUAAGCAUUCUCAGGAACUCCUCUCAGACUUCUUGGAGAAUCAUACUCGGAAUUGUGGCGAAAUUACGAAUUCUGGGGGAAUAUCAGGAUUCUGGCUCACACAGGGUUCAAGUAGCGUCCUUCUCAGGAUUCUGCGUUAGACCCUUUUAAGAUUCUGGGGGAAUAUUACUAGUGUUCUGCUGGUACUUUUCCCAAGACUCUCUGAAAAUUCGGCUUUUUGGGGUAAUCCCCGUCAGGAAUCUGGGGUAAUUUCUCUCAAAAUUCUGAUCAAUUUGUCUCAUGAUUCUGGGAAAAUCCUUGCGAUUCUGGGGCUUAAUUUUUUAAGGUUCUAGGGCACUUUCUUUCAGAAUUAAUAAUUAUUGAUGAAUCUCUCACGAGAUUCUGGACAGAAAUUUGGAUUUUGGAGAAUCCCUCGCAUAGAUUUGUGACUCCUCUUAUAUUUUAAGAGAAACCUUGAAAGAAUUUCCGAAGAAAUCAUAAUAACAAUUACUAGACGAAUUUUCAGUGGUACUUUCAACAAUUUUGAUGCAACUUUGCAGAUAUAAGAAAAAGAUAGGAUUCUGGAUGAUUUUCUGAAGGAAUCUUAUGUAAACUUCUAAAAGAGUAUUUUUUGGAAAAAUUUUCGUAAACAUUUUUAAGAAACUUCUGGAAAGAAUACCUGAGCAUUACCAGGCAAAAAAAUAUAGAACUUGGUGGAUGAAUUUCUCGUGAAAUAUUCAUGAAAUUUGAAGGACUUUUUAAGACGAAUCCUUAAGAGUUUUUCAAGAUGAAUAUUUGGAAUAUUUCUUGGAAGAAUUUCUGGGGGAAUCUUCGGAUGAAUCCUCACAGAAACUUUUAAAGAAAUCCUACCAGGAAUUUCUAAAGGAUUUCUUGAAAGAGCUUCUGGAGGAAAAAAUAUUCGAGGAAAUGCCAAAAAAGUACUAAAGAAUUAAGGCAUUUUUUUUAGAAUUCUUGAAACAAUUUGAUUUGGAAAUUAUUGGUGGAAUUUCUGAAGAAAUACUUUGAUUAACUUUAGGGGAGAUCCUUGAAGGAACGUUUGGAAGAAAUUUUCAAAAAAAAAUUCUGCUUAAAUCCUCGGAGAAGUUUCUUCCAAAAUUCAUGAAAGGAAAGCAUCGUUAAAGAAUAUCUUGAACCUCUGGAGCAAAUCAUGAAAACGCUCUGGGAGAAAAUCAUUGAAAACCCUCGUAGGAAUUCCAGAAUAAAUCUACGCAGACCAUCCUUGGCAAGCUGCGAACAAAUCUGUGGGAAAUUUAGAGUGAAACUUCUGAGAUUACUCCUCUUCGAAGUUUUAAAGAAAUCUGAGAAGAAAUUGCCAGAUGGAAGUAAAGCAUUCAGAAUGCUCAAAACUAGAAACUUUAUUUUUUUUUGAAACUUCUUCAAAAGAAGUUCAAAAGAGGUUUUCUUUUUCAAUGUUUAUCAAUUUUUCAGAAUUUUUAAUUCAGAAUUUUUAAUGACGUAAUAAAUUGAGAUAUUUUUAAAUUACAGUAAAGGUCUAACAUGGAAUCUUAGAGCUUAGAACACUGAAAAAUUGUUGAGGACUCGCUAGUAGAGUCCAUUCAAAGUUUUCAAUUUCAGUAGAUGUUUUCUAACAAAUCAUCCAAAAAUCAAACUUAAACUUCAGCAUGUAUAACUUAUCGUGAUUUUUAUGGAAAAUUAGGUUUUUUUCUUUUUUUAACUCAAAUGAAUUUCUUGAUUUCUUUCAUUUAUAUAGACGAAUAUCUGGAGAAAUGCUCUCAGACAAAUUUAGACGAAAUUUUUAACAGUUUCUAGAUGAAUAUUUGAAAUAUUUCUUGGAAGAAAUAAAAAAGGAUUCCUUGAAAGAUGCUUUGACGAAAUGUUUGAAAAAAAAAAAACAUUUAGAGGCCUCUAACAAAUUAUAACAGAUGUUUAUAAAUGUAUGUCCUCAAGGGAGCUUCUGAUUUUUUAUUUUGAAUUUCUGGUGAAAUCUUUGGAAAAAAUCAGCAAGGAAUUCGCGGAUAGCUACUGAAAUUUGUUAUUGAAAUCUUGGGAAAUUUGAGAAUUCCGGGAAAAUCUUGAAAAUUUUGACACAUCUGAAGAAUAUUUGGGAAAAACUAAGCAGAUCUCUCUGUGAAUUUUCUGAAGUGACUUUUGAAAAAUUUCAGUCGUUCUCGAGUUAAAUACUUGAGAAUACCUCAAAGAAAUUUCUCAAUACUGGUACUUGAGAGAGUUCGACUGACAUGUGUGAUCAGCUAAUUUAUCGGCGCUGCAGUCUUGGGGAAUCAAAAUGACUGUUUUAGAUUUGUCCCGACGUUUCGACUCUGUUUCGAGUCUUCUUCAAAGUAGCUAGAUUUCUCAAUACUUUUUCUAAGAUUCCGAGGUUAUUUUUAAAUAUAUAUGAAAAAAAAUUGGGAAAAAUAAUGAAAAAAUAGGUCAAGGAUGUCUCGAAAGUUCUCCGGAGGAAUUUCUGAAAAUGUUUUGGAAGAAAUUCAAUCAAAAACUUUGCAAGAGUUCCAGGGGAAAUCUUAGCAGGCAUUUCUUGAAAACGCAUCUUUGGAAAAAGGUGGGUGAAACUCCAGAAUUAAUUUUUGGUGUAAAUUCUGAUGAAGUCUUGGAAGGAAUUGCUGAUAGAAACCUCGUCGAUUGAUUUAGAAACAUCCAUCCAUUUAAAAAAAUCAGAAGAUACCUUAAUCCAUACUCUACAUGUGCACGAAAACCGAUUUUGAAAAUAUUGCUUUGAAAAUUCAAAAGCAAAAAUUUGAGAAAAUGCGUCCAGUUUCGCCUUAAUUCCUAAAAUUUUGGAUAAAAAAACCAAAAUAAAUUGAGAUGGUCUAUAAUUUCUGUAUAUAUGAUUAGUUCAAAUAUUAUAAAGUAUCCUGGAAUUAUUCAUAAAGGGCAAUUGCCGCAGACUUCUUCUGCACUUUUUUUUAGCAAACCGCUACGAAAUUUCUGAAAAUUUCCUCUUAAGAAAUUCCAGAGACAUCUUGAAGUGAAAUAACUUCAGGAGGCAUUUGAGAAUUAAAGGGAGUUUUGUAAAUACAUAUGGGGUAAUUGGAAAAACUAUUGAAAGAAAUGAUUGGCCUAAGAUUUCUCGCGUAAUCUCUGGAGGAAAACCUAAAAAUGUUCUUGAAAAAAAAAUAUAUAGAGGAAAUUUUGUAAGAAUUAUAUAAGAAAUCCUAGCAGGCAUUCCUGAAUAAGCUGCACAAUAAUAUUUGGGAAAUUGUUUGUGAAACUCCUAAAGCGUUUCCUUGUGCUUAUUCUGAAGAAAUAUAAAAAGGAAUUUCCUAUAGAAAUCUCAAAUUUUUUUUUAAUUUUUUUUGAGAUUUUAUAGAAUGAAACUUCAAUUGUUUUCUAUAGAAGAUCUUCCUAUCCAUUUCUGCUGAAUAUCCAGAAUUGCGAAUAAAAAAAAAACAAAAUAAAUUGAGAUGUUCUAUAAUUCCUGUAAAUCUGGUUAAUUCAAAUAUUUUAAGAACUAUGGAAAAUUUAAAAGUGGCUAGUUUCAGAUUUUAUUAUUUUUUUUUUAUCUGUUUUAAAGAGAUUUUUAGCCUCAGGCUAGUUCAUCUCGGGACCCACGCUUUACUUCCCUCCCGAAGGAAGAACUCACAUUUUGCGAGUUUGUCGGGAGUGGGAUUCGAUCCCAGGUCCUCGGCGUGAUAGUCAAGUGUUCUAAACAUCACACCAGGUCCGCUCCACAUUCAGAUUUUAUUAAUUUCAGUACCAAUUUCCAAAAAAAUGAUUGAAAUAUCAUUCAAACCAAAACUUUGAUCAUUGAUAUCUCACCAAAACGCUGCUGGUUUGGUAAAAAUAUUCAAGCUGAAAACUAGAACUGCCUGGCCUGCAAGUUAUUAUAGAAGAUUGGUUAUUAGUGAAAAUUUUAACAAAAUUUAUUGAAAAAAAUGUUUGAAAAUUUCUGCCAUAUAUCCGGCAAAUUUCAUGGAUUUUUUGUAGAAUAUUAAAAACCGCCUGACUGAGGAAAUUGAAGAAGAAGUUUCAAAUCAUUUGUAGAACAGUUUGUUAUGGAACUAAUGGUGAAAUAACUUGAUAUAUUUUUGUCGAUCCUCUCAAGAAUUCUUGAAUAAAAUUGAGGGAUAGUAUAUAGCCUGGAUUCUCAAAGGUUUUUCCAAUGAAAUAAGAAACAAAACAAGGUUUUUUGAGAAUGUUUAGUAGUACCCGAGGGAAGAAUCAAACGAACUGCUACAAUAUCAUUAAGAAGUUUGGUAAUUGGUAAAUAAAGAUUUUUAAAUGGAAUUUUAGGAAAUUUUCCAAAUUUUCAGUAUUAGGAGGCGAAUUAGUAAACGGCUGAAAGUCUCAUUAAUAAAGUGAAUUGAAUUGAAUAGAAUUUCCAAAAUUGCUCUACAAUGUCAAAGAUUUGCGAGAAAUUUCUUCCUUAUUCCGUGUUGAUAGAAAUUCUGCUAACUUUAUUUUAGUAAUGGUGCAUUACAAACAAGCUUAGAAAACAUUUAUCGAAAACUAUCCACGAUUUCUAUUUCAGGCAAAUCUCGAGAAAUUUAAAAAAAAAGUCGUCAAGCCUUUCCGCUUUUUAUUGGUCUACUGUAACGGCAUUCAGCAAAUGUUGUCGAUCAUAUAAAAAUGUGCAAUUCAAGUUGGCAGAUUUAUCGCAAGGUUUUCAUUUUUUUUUGUAGAAAUUAUGGUAGAAAUACUUAAUGGCUUGCAUAAAAAAGAAAAAAAAAAGUUUCCGUCAGUUUCCAUUUAAACAAAUGAAAACACUCAGGAUUACAGGUAACAAAAUUCUAAUUUCGAAAUCGUACUCCACACACAAACAGUUUGUUAAUUAUAGCCCGAGUCGAAUUCCAAGCUGUUUAAAAAUUGGGAAAUUACCAAAAUUCAAAAUUCGUGGGAUGAAGUGAUCCAAUUUCAAAUCUUUUUACAUGAAGAGAAAGCUGAGUACAUAUAAAGUAUUUCUAAACAUCUAACUGACUAUUUUCACCUGAUCAAUGAAAGUCAUGUAAUUAAAGAGUUUGUUGGACAAUGUCCCAAAAGUUUUGCGUAAUUUUCGAAAAAGAAAGCAUGUAGAUGUUUAUGUUCUAAAGAGAAAAUAACAGUUUCUGGUCUGAUGGUAUUUUUUCCUCGGCGUUUUUGAGCUCAAAACAUAUUUAACCAUUAAAAAUGUCCGACUGGUUACCGAGUUCCAAAGUACUUCAAUCUAGUGUAACUGGUGAGAAUGUUGCAUAAAUGCUCGCCCGUAGUUUGGAGGAUAGCUGCUCUCGUCUUUCGGAUUGGUUGCCGUGAGUUCAAUCCGCACUAAGGCUCAAAUUUUUUUUUUUACAAUUUAUUUAUAAAUUCGAAAUGUAACAAACUACUCGUCUUUAAAUCCGUCAUGUCUGAAAUGAGUUACCACCACUGCAUCCAUGUCCUUCUCUCUUUUGGAUAUUUUGAGAUUGCUCUCUGACCCGUAAGCGUGAAAUUUUGUUUAUAUCAAAUUAUGAGAAAACGUCAGGAUCGAAUCGUCAUAUAUUCUUUUCUUCCUUUUCGUCCAGUCUAUUAUAUUUUGAUUAAGAUACGUGUUCCAUUAUUGAAUGCGAAGUUAUAUCUUUCCAACAUCCGUGACCCGUUCCCAUUAAGAAAAAAAAACUUCGAAUUAAAGCAUUUGAAAAUGCUUUGAAGAUUUGGGAACUAAAAUCCUGUUUCGUUUGAGUCCGACUGGAAUCGAGUGAAUGACGAAGUUUAACCGUAGAUUAUAGGAUCACAUUUUAGAGGAGGGCAACUAUAUAGUCUGUAAGAAAAAGAAAAAAAAAUGAAACAAAAUUGUUAAAUCAGUUGGUGCCAGUACGUAUAGUUGAGAAAGUGCGAAAGAGUAAGUGAAAGAGAUAAUAAUCACUAGAUGAGUAAGAUAUCUGAAAAAAGAGUUAAUGAAAGUGCAUCAAAUUAAUAACCCAGAAUUAAAAAUCUAGUCUUCGCCUAGUCUCUAACGGAAAGAGUGGGUCGUUUAACACAAAGGCAGCUUUUUGGACAUAAAUCCAUGGCCCACUUGGAUUGGCGAGUAUCAGAAACUGCAGCCAACAAACGCUAUUCGUAGAAUUCUAGUACUACACUACUUAUCUAGUCCUGAUGAUGUCUGGUGUUUGGCUAGGGGUGGCACACCAUCCGCGAAUGCAGCGCUAGACAUUUUCUCCUUGCUGGAAGUCGCUGGAAUCGACACCGAUCGAGGAAAGCUUUUCGGUUCCAUUCUACACUUCUUUGAACUAAUCUUGGCUUCACGUUCUAGAAACGUUUACUUUCUCUUCAAAUGUUUCCUUUCUUCUGUCAAAAAAAAACUUCAAACUGGAGUGCGUGACCAACAACGAGCAAAUCAUCGAAUUUAUCACGAAUUUUGUGCAGUUUUUUCCUGUUAUCGGAAAGAUCAAAAUUGGUUUUGAUUUGGAACUUUCCUCAAAAAGACGUCCAGCAAAUGACAGCAGCAGUAAGCAAAAACACGACUUAGCAAGUAAGCAGCAAUAACGAAGUAAAUAAACAAAAAAAUGUUCAUAAAUGCAACGAAAGUUCUGAACGAAAAGCAACGUUUCUCAAACAACGAAUUAGACCGUAAGUAAAGCAAUUGUUUUUGUUUACUCGACUUUUGAGAGUUUUCCGAAUGUUGUGGCGGGAGUCCCCACGUCGGAUUUUACUUUCUGUAAAUAGUUCUCUGAGAAAGGACAGGUUCUGGAAAUAUAAAGAUUUGUAUUUGGUAGGGAAACCAGAAAAAAUCAGACGUGAAUGAGAGUUGAGUUUUUAUUGCUAAAAAAUGUAGGGCCUCCUCCAAGCGCCGUCGCUAGCGCCAUCUUUUGAUGGGGUGUGUGCGACUGCCGGAGUGAGACGCCAAGCUGCAAACUUUGACAAGCGCUUCUUUAGAUGUUGAUUGAUUAUGAGAAAAAAGAAACAUGCAUUGUAAUGCAAGAAAAAUAAACAAAACAAGCCGCAGUUAUUGAACAGAGACAGAGACAUUUUUAACCGUAGACAAACACAUACACAUACAUACACAGCACUUAGAGAGGAGAUGCUAGAUCUCGUAGCCUUAGAUUUUAUAUGAGAAGCUUUUUAACCGAGCGAAGAGGAGAUUGUAAAUAGCUGUCACUCAACCUUUACAACGGGAAAUUAAUUUGUCAAAUCAAUCAUCUUCAUUUAGUGUCCCGGAAUCCCGAGGGAUCCGGAUCCUUGGGUGCUGUGGCAGGGGAUUUGCGAGGGAUCGGAAGGGUUCGUCAUCGCCGGAGAGAAAACUGAUUACCCUGAAGAAGAGUUUAGGCGCGAAGACAGGAAAAAAACGGGCAAUGAAUUAUCUUUCGCAUCGGUCUCGGUUGACAGGUGUCAAAGUACUUACCACCGGCCAUUCCAGAAACUCGCCUGAAGGGUAUGAAGGGUUUGUUGCAGGAUGGGAAACCCUUCCCCGCGUGCAAAUCUCCUCCAGCCAAGUACAUCGAUGGGCGCUUGAAGAAAAGAGAAACUGUGAAAGAGUUGUUUAGAGGUUAGGAUUUUCCGUUUGUUUGCCUUCUUUUGUGAAAUUCCUUUGUCCUGGAAACAAUCGGACCGGAACGUGCUGAUGUGGACGGAUGUGGGUAACACGUGCAAUAGGAUUUGAACGGGUUGAACGGGGGUCGUCGCCUUGCCGGCCAGCUCCCUCGGGCGACCCAAAACCAGAGUGCUGAAUGUGUGCGUUUUAGGAGUUAGGUUAGGGCUUUGACACUGAGAUGAGAACUUACUUGCAUAUGUAUAUUGUAUAGUCAAUUUAAACUUCGUUUCUUCGGAUGCGGGAAAUCCCUACCGACGUUCGCCUUCCGAGCCUUUCGGAAGGGGACAGCGAUUGUCAAUUCUGAUUUGUACUCUCACGUGGCAUACACAAUUAGUUGUCCAUCCAGAAAACGGAAACCGAGAGCUUUAGUCCAAAUAAUCGAGCAAUUAGUAACUUAUCUAGAUAACUUUUAAUCGAAAUCACCUACACACACAAACAUAUUUACUCAACUAUAUAUUUCGGUAAACCCCCCUUGUUAAUUAUUACCCCUUCUCAGCAGUAGAGUUAACUAUCAAAAAUCUCCCGAAAAGAGUGUCUCUCCCCUUGGAGAUUCAACUCCGGGAGUAAAAACCCUUCCCAAACUUAUUCAACUUCGAUAAGCAAUUUACAUACAGUUGUAAAGAAUGGAGUGUAAUCUAGUCAAAGUAUAUUCGAGAAAUGACAGUGCGAGAGGCUUUCAAAUGAUCUCAUUACGUUUUAAGAUGACCCCCUUAUUCUCAGGAUCGUUAGGGUUCAAAUCAAAACUACAAAACCAAAAAAAAAAACUCUGUAAAUAUCAAACUGAGGCAAACAUUCCCAUACAGUAGAAUGAAACCAAAAAUUAACCCAAAACUAGGAUUAGCAAGAACUGAAGCAAAUUACAAUAAUAAGAUGCCGUAUGUAAUCCACGCUCUAGUUGAUAGAAUCCAUUAUUUAUUUCGCUUCUAUUUAAUGAAAUUUUACUUAGUCACUUGAACCCAUGUGAAUAGUUUACGACUUCUAAAGGCAUAGCAAAUUAUAGUGAAACGAAGUUUCAUCAGCUGCAAAACCACUUCAAAAGUCAUCUUUGCGGCUGGUUCACAACUUCUUCAAUCUCGGUAGAUUCGUUUGACAGUUAAUAUUUAUUUAUUUAUUUAACUUAUUCUUACACUAAGAAAUCCCAAACAACCGUCUCUAGCCAGUACUGAAGCAUAUACUCAUCCUCGGACAGAGGAAACAAACGUAGCAAUUGUAGACAAAGCGCCGAGCAACUGAAAAAAGCAAUUGUACAUACGAAAGCAAUAUAUUGAAGCAAGUUUUAAGAAUAACUUUUAAAAACCCCAACUACUCAAAACAAAAGACAAGUAGCAAACCAGAAUAAAACAACCAAAAGCGAUAUUAAACAGUCAGUAGUGAGCAAUAUAUUUAAAAACCCAAAAAAAAACAA